AUGACCAUUAGCAAUACCGGUGUUGAUAUGGCAGGUAAUAACAAUGAAACCGAUGUUGUGGCUAUUGAAGUGAAUCAUGAAGAAACUUUUUUCAAGCAUAUCGAAAAAGGCACAAAAGCAAAUCGGCGACCAUUUUCCGAAUUAAAUAUAAUUGCUUAG